GCUGUUUCCGGUUGUUAGACAACGUGGGUGAGAUAUUUAACGAAGAUGGACAAGUUACAGGAUGGCUGGUUCAGUGAGAUGAGUGAAUUAUGGCCAGGCCAGGCUAUGUCACUUCAAGUAGAGGAGGUCCUUUUCAAAGAAAAAUCAAAAUAUCAAGAUGUUCUUGUAUUUAAAAGCAAAACAUAUGGAAAUGUUUUAGUCCUUGAUGGGGUGAUACAGUGCACAGAGAGAGAUGAAUUUUCUUAUCAAGAGAUGCUGGCUCAUCUUCCUCUAAACUCUCAUCCUAACCCUAGGAAGGUGCUAAUUAUUGGAGGGGGUGAUGGUGGAGUACUUCGAGAAGUUGUCAAACAUCCAGAGGUUGUUUCAGUCGAGAUGUGUGAAAUUGAUGAGAAAGUUAUAGAUGUCUCCAAAAAAUUUCUACCAAAGAUGGCUUGUGGGUUUGAUAGUCCAAAGUUGAAGCUGCAUAUAGGAGAUGGAUUUGAGUACAUGAAGAAGCACCAGGGCGAGUUUGAUGUCAUUAUCACUGACUCAUCAGACCCAAUAGGUCCUGCUUCUAGUUUAUUUGAAAAGUCAUACUACGAAUUGAUGAAGAAAGCAUUGAACCCAACAGGAAUAUUAUGUUGUCAAGGAGAGUGUCUGUGGCUACAUCUUGAACUCAUCAAGUCUAUGCAGGAUUUCUGUCGUAACCUUUAUCCAGUAGUGGACUAUGCCUACACAACCAUCCCUACUUAUCCGAGUGGCCAGAUCGGCUUCAUUCUCUGUAGUCUUAACCCAGACACAUCAUUUUCUGAACCACUGAGAAAAUUUACAGAAGAAGAGCACAUACGAUUGAAGCUGAGAUAUUACAAUGCUGAAGUGCACAGAGGAGCUUUCACAUUACCAGAGUUUGCACGCAAGGUUUUACGAAAUUGAUGACUGCUGUUUGUUUCUGACACAACUCUUAUAAGUGAAUUGCUGGACACUGCUGAGUAUGCCAGUCAGACUGACCACUUACCUACAACUGCAUCUGGGGACCACUGGACACUUGAUCCAUUCAGGAUCGACUUGGACAGCAUAUAUUUUUAAAAGAUUACAAAUCUAUGAUACUGGGCAUUUAUAAAUGGACAGGAAAUAAUUAUGAACGUGGAAAUGAGAUUUCAUAAAUUCAUUUACAUUAUUAUAUCAUAAAAUAUCGUUCUCCCACUCAGAGCAGUACUCCGAUUGGCAGAGUGUAUUCGCACAUACCAUUCAGUCCCUCAACGCAUGGUUUUGUCAAUAACUUGUCCUAGUUGGUGAAGUUUGGUAUUUUGCCCAAAAGUGUAAGAGUUAUUUCCCUUUGUUCAUUUUCAAAAAUCAAAAUCUGCAGGCAGAGGACUGUUACUUUCUUUGUUUUAAAUUGAUAUUGAUCUCUGAAAAAUCAGUUUCCUUGAUAUAAGGCACUUAGCAGAUAUAUAAUGUAUUGACUUUCAAAGUGUGUGCAAUAUUGGUUCUUAUCAGCAUUACUGCCCGCGGCUACGAUUGUCUUUAAAAUCCGACAGGAAUGCUCCUGGCCGUCGAAGUGUAUUUGAAAAGUAUCAGCAUUUGUUUUUUCAUUUAGAAUUAAUAUAACCAAGGGCUAUUCCAGCAAAAAAAAAAUCUUUCCAGCAAGAGGACUCCUUGUUUAUCAAACAAGAACCACCAAAAUGAGAGAGAUUUAAUGAAUUGGUAUCAUAUAGUAAGAUACAUUUAAUCCUUCAGCUGUCACACAUAGAGUUUACUGAUUUCUGGAGUCCUCUUAUGGGAUACACAUUUUCCUGGAAUAGCCCUGAAGCAAACUCAGGUUCCCAUUUUGUUGGCAAAAUGUGAUAUGAACAGAUGCAUAUGUUUCAAUGUUUGUCCGGAAUAUCAAUAGUUGAAUAUCCCAGAACUUAUUUCUCUAUCUUAAAAAUGAAUUAUUAAAUCUUUAUUCAGAUUUUUAUCUUCUUCACAUUUGAGUUUUCUGGUACCAAAGAUGUCAGAAAUGAAUGCAGUACAACUGAGUUGUAUAUUAAAAGUAUAGUUGUUGUAUGAAUAAUAUAAGAAAGUGCAAUUAAAGUUAAGUUUAAAAAAAUCAAUGUUUUGUUAACUGUCAAUGAAAAGUCGCUGUGUCAUGUGUGUUUUUAUCUUAAUCAAAAUUUUUUCACUGUCAUUAUUUGUAUUGGAAGUGUUUUGGGUGAAGUUUGUAAAUCUGUCAACAUUGAGGAAUUAAAGAGUAAUAAGUAAUUCAAGCCAAACAUGACUGUCUACUUUAACUUGUAAUGUUUUUCCAGUUUUAGAUCAUCAAAACAUGUUGAUAUGAAUCUCUACUGGUAUGUCUGUAUGUCGCACUUUGAUAUACUUAGAAUCACUAUGUAGCAGGAAGGAAGUAGUUGUAGAGAAUACAUUCAGGCUAGCAUGAAUUUCCAUUUUGCCUUCUGGGCCCAGUUGUUCAAAAGGUGAUUAUCUUAAUCAAUUGAUAAGGAAAAAUCUCAUUUCUGCUUUAUUUCAAAACCUGAGUAUGUGUAUUCCUUAAAAUACUGGUAGGAAGGGUCUGAAGAGUGUUAUAAUUUCAGAAAGUUUUGUCAAAAUAGUUUUGCUAGAAAUGAUUUUAUCAGGAUAUGAAAAUUGUUCUUAGACCGCAAUUACUUGAAUUAGCCUAAUCACCUUCUGAACACCUGAGCCCGGGUAAUAUGAACACUUCGAGAGCAAGAGGCCACUAGUCUGAGCCCCAGCACAGACUGGACAUUUUUCAUUGUUUUUCUCCAAUUAAUUCUGAUACUACUGUUCAGAUAGAAGGUACUUAGUCUGACACUACUGUUCAGCUAGAAGGUACUUAGUUCAGCACUACUGUUCAGAUAGAAGGUACUUAGUUCGACACUACUGUUCAGCUAGAAGGUACUUAGUUAGACACUACUGUUCAGAUAGAAGGUACUUAGUUCAACACUACUGUUCAGAUAGAAGGUACUUAGUUCGACACUACUGUUCAGAUAGAAGGUACUUAGUUCGACCCUACUGUUCAGAUAGAAGGUACUUAGGUCGACACUACUGUUCAGCUAGAAGGUACUUAGUCUGACACUACUGUUCAGAUAGAAGGUACUUAGUUCGACCCUACUGUUCAGAUAGAAGGUACUUAGUUCGACACUACUGUUCAGAUAGAAGGUACUUAGGUCGACACUACUGUUCAGCUAGAAGGUACUUAGUUCAACACUACUGUUCAGAUAGAAGGUACUUAGUCUGACACUACUGUUCAGAUAGAAGGUACUUAGUUCGACACUACUGUUCAGAUAGAAGGUACUUAGUGCGACACUACUGUUCAGAUAGAAGGUACUUAGUUCAACACUACUGUUCAGAUAGAAGGUACUUAGUUCGUCACUACUGUUCAGAUAGAAGGUACUUAGGUCGACACUACUGUUCAGAUAGAAGGUACUUAGUCCGACACUACUGUUCAGCUAGAAGGUACUUAGUUAGACACUACUGUUCAGAUAGAAGGUACUUAGUCUGACACUACUGUUCAGAUAGAAGGUACUUAGUUCGACACUACUGUUCAGAUAGAAGGUACUUAGUCUGACACUACUGUUCAGAUAGAAGGUACUUAGUUCGACACUACUGUUCAGAUAGAAGGUACUUAGUGCGACACUACUGUUCAGAUAGAAGGUACUUAGUUUGACACUACUGUUCAGAUAGAAGGUACUUAGUUCAACACUACUGUUCAGAUAGAAGGUACUUAGUUCGACACUACUGUUCAGAUAGAAGGUACUUAGUUCGACCCUACUGUUCAGAUAGAAGGUACUUAGUUCGUCACUACUGUUCAGAUAGAAGGUACUUAGUUCGACACUACUGUACAGCUAGAAGGUACUUAGUUCGUCACUACUGUUCAGAUAGAAGGUACUUAGUUCGACACGACUGUUCAGAUAGAAGGUACUUAGUUCGUCACUACUGUUCAGAUAGAAGGUACUUAGUUCGACCCUACUGUUCAGCUAGAAGGUACUUAGUUCGACACUACUGUUCAGAUAGAAGGUACUUAGUCUGACACUACUGUUCAGCUAGAAGGUACUUAGUUCGACACUACUGUUCAGAUAGAAGGUACUUAGUCUGACACUACUGUUCAGAUAGAAGGUACUUAUUCUGACACUACUGUUCAGAUAGAAGGUACUUAGUCUGACACUACUGUUCAGCUAGAAGGUACUUAGUCUGACACUACUGUUCAGCUAGAAGGUACUUAGUUCAACACUACUGUUCAGCUAGAAGGUACUUAGUCUGACACUACUGUUCAGAUAGAAGGUACUUAGUUCGACACUACUGUUCAGAUAGAAGGUACUUAGUUCGACACUACUGUUCAGCUAGAAGGUACUUAGUUCGACCCUACUGUUCAGAUAGAAGGUACUUAGUUCGUCACUACUGUUCAGAUAGAAGGUACUUAGUUCGACACUACUGUUCAGAUAGAAGGUACUUUGUUCGACACUACUGUUCAGCUAGAAGGUACUUAGUUCGACCCUACUGUUCAGCUAGAAGGGAUUCUCAGUACCUGAACCUAGUUAGAUCACAUGAUGAACAUUCUGAACCAAAAAUGUAACAUUCAGUAAAAGUCAUGUAAUAUUAUAAUAUUCCCCUGGAAACUUAUAUCAGAAAUAGCUAUGGGAGAUCUUGGUUCAAUCCACUCAUCGAUAUGCAUGAUUUAUAGGAAUAUGUGUUGUACGUUGCUGUGAAAUCUGUAUGAUCUAAAAGUACCUUUGCCAAAGAGUAAAUUUGUGAUUUACAUGUUCAGGUGUUCGGAGGAUUUAUACAAUGUAAUGUUGAAAAUAAAAUAUUACAUGUUGA